AGUGAUGAAACCUUCUAAUCACUCAGCAGUGGCAGAGUUGGAGGCAAGACGCAACUUUCAGUCCGGACACUUUGUCACUUCAACUGUUCCUCGAGGACGCUAAAGCAAUUUCAGUGGCAUUUCUCCUUAUUAUUUCACUGGCCGUUGACAAUUUCAAGUAGGUCUGAAAUGUACUUGAUAUGAAGUAACUUUUUUUUUCGAGUAAAUCUGAAUUUGGUAGAUGCUUUUUCGAACAUUUCGUGUAGGUAUUAUAGGUAUUUUCUCAUAAUCACGAGGUUUCAAUCGAUUCAGACACAGUGGUGAUAUCCGAAUCGCUCGUUUCGUGGCUAAUAUGUACAGCAUGCUGGAGCACGAUAUGAAACCUUCGGUGCCCACGCACCAACCCGGGCAAGGGAUGGCCCCAUUAAACGCGGGGGUGCACGGAGUAAGUCACGGAGGAUCCAAGCAAGUGGUCAACAACCAAAAGAGCACUGAUCCGAUGGACAAAGUUAAAAGACCUAUGAAUGCGUUUAUGGUGUGGUCUCGGGGUCAAAGACGCAAAAUGGCUCAGGAAAACCCCAAAAUGCACAACUCGGAAAUCAGCAAGCGCCUCGGCGCGGAGUGGAAACUCCUGACGGACGCGGAGAAGAGGCCGUUUAUCGAUGAGGCCAAGCGGCUUCGUGCCCUGCACAUGAAGGAGUACCCCGACUACAAAUACAAACCUCGACGCAAGAACAAACCGGUGUUGAAGAAAGACAAUCCGGCUGCCAAGUACCCGCUGUCCGCUGGAAACCUGUUGGCAGCGGCUGCCGUUCAGGGACCCGGAGGAAGCCCGAGAAUGGACAGUUAUGGAUGGGGUCCAACAGGAGGUUAUGCCGGCAUGCAGACUGAUGCAUUGGGCUACAGUCAGCAACUGCCCCGCUAUGACCUCUCAGCUCUACAAUAUCCAUCCGCCAUGGCAACGGCACAAACCUACAUGAAUGGCGCAAACUCAUACAGCCCUAUGUCUUAUGGCAGUUCACCACAGCAGCCAAGCCCUGUAAUGUCCAUGGUGAAACCGGACCAGGUGUCCCAUUCCCCUACCGGGGGCCCUAACCACCAGCGCGGGCCCCUACAGGGUGACCUGAGGGAUAUGAUCAGCAUGUACAUUCCUGGCGGUGACACCGGUGACGCAGCUGCCGCGGCUGCACAGAGGGGUUACACCAACAUCCAGCAGCAUUACCUCACAGGCACGACGCCACUCACACACAUCUGAACGGCAUGCUGCCCUGGCCAGGCAGGUGGCUGAGAGAUGGCCAGUACAGAGGGUCAUGUGACUUGAUAAGCCCUGACUUGAUUGGAUGAAGGCCGAGGGAAGGCUGUUUGAUUGGUGGAUGAGGAGGAGGGUGUGUGGAGAUAGGUUAAAUUGGAUGUAGCGAACAAGGCAACCCUCUGACAUCACCAUGUCCUAAUCUAAGUUUUCCAUCAGUAUUUUUGCUUGGAGUAUGUAGGUGGAUGCCGACAGCAUCACCCUGAGUUGUUCACAGGUGGCCUUUCUGUUAAAUGACCAACGCAUACUCAGUAGUUAUUGAUUGGUCACUGGAGAAUGGGAUAACAUCUUGAUUGGUAAACUGUUGCUCAUUUGCAUAGUUUGACAUUAGAACAACAUCACAAGCUUAUGGUUUAAAGAUGAAAUGUGAAAUGUUUCAGUAAGAGAAAACUUUUUAAAGAGAAGGCUAAAGGAGUGAGCAGGUUAAGAUAAGGGCACCUGAGCUCAUCUGCUGCUGCUUUCAUAGGGUCCAGUCAACCCUCAAAUACCACUGCUGAAGGUUUGCUUUCAGAGGUCUUUAAUUCUAAAAAAAAAAAACUAUUGCUGCUUCUAGUCAUAUUUAGAUAGCCCAAGGUUUAAAACGCUGGAUGAUUUAGGAAAUAAUUUGAAUACUUUUAUACAAUAGUGCACAUGCAGUGGUUAAGGGGAUACACACAUCGUGCAACAACUGUCCUAGUGCAUUCAGAAGUAAAACAUUAAUACAAAUAUCCCUAGCAGAGGGGUUUUGCUGUAUUUUCUACUGAACCAGGCCUUUGGGCCUAACUCUCUUCUCCUUUGAGAGAGAUAUGUUGUGAUUGUUUAAAAAAGGUCUUGAAGAACGUUUGUUCGUUUUAAAGACUUAACUUUCUUAAGACACUGUUUGACUGAGAAUGUACAGUUGUUAAUUGUUUCUUUCUUUUGUGUUUUAAAGCCCUUAUAGUAAGGGUAAAUAAUGUGUUAUGUGACUUUUCAACCUUGAUGGAAAAACAAACAAAAAACAAACACAAGUAAUAAAGUAUUUUAUUAUUUUUGUAA